GGCGAGAAGAAGAGGGGAAAAAGUAGCUAACGUCUCUUUCUCGCCCCGAUCACAGCUGUAUGGGCGGUCUCUACCUCGAGAUGUCACUCCUGCUGGCCAGCACUGAGUUCCCCUUCGGACUUCCCGUGAGUUUUGCCUGAUCUUCAUCUGCUCUCACGUCUAUCGUCGCUGACCAUCCUCACCAUCGCCGCUUUGCUCACCCUACAGGUCGGUGACCUCAGUGGCUUCCUCCGCGGGAACAAGGCCUGAGCCAAGCCAUGAUGUCCAGGCGAGCCGCACGCGGGUGCUGGCCGCCUGCACCUCCCACCGUGUGCUUCGAUCAAGUCGUCAUCUCCCAUCUCGGCUUCUCCGUGACCUUCUUUGUAAUUUUCCUGCUUGCGCACGAUAGUGGACAAAUGUUUCAUGCCCUAUGCGAUUCCGACGGAGAGAGGUCUUGGCUGUCAAUCGUGCUCCGCACAGUGGUUGAGCAGCUCCGCGAGAGUCGAUCUCACGGUUCACAUCCCCUGGAGCAGCCUGCUCGCGAUUCAGCUCGAAGGGGUCAAGCUGUUUCUGACUGGCAGUUGCUCCCCUCCCUGGACGUCGACUUGGCCGCAUCCGUAUCGCCCUGCAUGACGUCGAGGAGUGGUCGCGAGCGGACCUUGAGCUUCCAAAGCCCGCCGGGUAGGGCGACGACGCGUCGCAGCGCCUCGUCGCUGCACGGAAGCCUGCCUUUGGUGCUCCGCCGCUUCAGAUCCUUCAUCCUCUCCACAAACGUUCAUCGUUGACGCCUCCGUAAGGUCAUGGAUCACCCUGGACUCCCACGUUAUCUUCAUUGACCCGGAGCGAAUAUGCAUACAAAGUUACCUCCGCAGACAAGCUGGGGAACAAGCUGAUGAUCGCCGCGGCUCGGCGGUGACAGGAGGGCUGCCAAGGGCAGAAGUAAUUG